UUUCCACCACCGAGAUCCCAUCUGUCAGCUGCCUCACGGGAAGAUGUGGCAUCAGCUGGGCAGCCCUGGCAGGGGAGCGUGUGUAGCUGUGGCCCUGGGAAUGCUGUGGUUCUGCCUCACAGGCUCCGUAGAGGUCCAGGUCCCUGAAGACCCCGUAGUGGCCCUGGUGGGCACAGACGCCACUCUGCGCUGCUCCUUCUCGCCCGAGCCCGACUUUAGCCUGGCGGAGCUUAACCUCAUCUGGCAGUUGACAGACACCAAACAGCUGGUGCACAGCUUCUCUGAUGGCCGCGACCAAGGCAGUGCCUAUGCCAACCGCACCGCACUCUUCCCGGACCAGCUGGCUAAGGGCAACGCGUCCCUGAGGCUCCAGCGCGUGCGCGUGGCAGAUGAGGGCAGUUUCACCUGCUUCGUGAGCAUCCAGGACUUUGGCAGUGCCGCGGUCAGCCUGCAGGUGGCAGCCCCCUACUCGAAGCCCAGUAUGACCCUGGAACCCAACAAGGACCUGCGGCCUGGAGACACGGUGAUCAUCACAUGCUCCAGCUAUCGGGGUUAUCCCGAGGCCGAGGUGUUCUGGCAGGACGGGCAGGGUGCGCCCUUGACCAUCAAUGUGACCACAUCGCAAAUGGCCAACGAGCAGGGCUUGUUUGACGUACGCAGCGUGCUGAAGGUGGUACUGGGUGCCAACGGCACCUACAGCUGCCUGGUGCGCAACCCCGUGCUGCAUCAAGACGCCCACGGUUCCGUCACUAUCACAGGACAGCCCAUGGUAUUUCCCCCUGAGGCUCUGUGGGUGACGGUGGGGCUCUCCGUCUGUCUCGUGGCACUGCUGGUGGCCCUGGCCUUUGUGUGCUGGAGGAAGAUCAAACAGAGCUGUGAGGAGGAGAAUGCAGGAGCUGAGGACCAGGAUGGAGAUGGAGAAGGAUCCAAGACAGCCCUGCGGCCUCUGAAACACUCGGAAGGCAAAGAAGAUGAUGGACAAGAAAUUGCCUGA